AUGGCUGAAAACCAAUCUUCAGACUAUAUACCUCCAGUUCCAACUCGUGAACAAGAGCUCAAAUACCUUGACGACCUGGAGUGGGAGCUCAGAAAUCGCCGCUUUCGCCAUCGAAAUUAUGCCCCUGACCCAUCAAGACGCUACUUGCAAGAUUAUGAUGACCGUGUAACUAAAUAUCGUUUUAAUUACUGGUCAAAGUUCUUAUUAGGAUCAAUUCUCGCCAUUCCAGUGGCUACUUGGCUAACAAACAAAUCCCCAGCCAAGAAAAGCUUUAUAUUAAUCUACCAUAUAUUAUUGACCAAUCUAAAUCAAACCAUCCAACGUCUACUAUACUUAAUAAGCUAAAGGGCAAUAUAAAGCAAAUUUCUAUAUGAAUAUUCCUUACAGGACUUACCCAUACCAACAAAACUUUAGGUUCUGGACUUUUUUCAUCACUUAUGAUCUCCUUUUAGCCUAUACAUUUGCACAUUUCCUAAAGGACACAAAGUACUUUGAGCCACUCCUUGAGUUACAAAGAGAAAGAAAGUUAUAG